GUCAUGAGUUGGGGUUGGUUCAAUGAAUUGAGAAUAUUGAAACAUUAUUAUGUGUUUGACACGUCAAAUGAGUUGGCUGGAAGCAAUUGCCCCGCUUUCCACUCCGACGUGACACCCACACACUCCUCAAAAACAAACACACACAGAUGGUCAAUCACACUCACUACUCACUAGGCCAUAUAUAGCAAUGAUCCAUCCCGGUUUUUGAAUCCUCAUUUCCUUGAUUGCUUUUUAUUUCUCGUAGUUCAUUAGCUCUCAUAAUCGGUUACAUAAUAUUUAGGCACACUCUCUUCCUUUCUAAGCCAAAGACCCAAUAAGGUCAUCCGGCUUCUUCCACUAGUUGGAUAAAGAUGUUAGUCUCUGUCCCAUUGGCCACUGAGCAUACAGAAGUAACUACAAAAGUUGUCAGAGUCAUCUUCACAGACGCCGAUGCUACCGAUUCUUCUAGCGACGACGAGCUGGAUCAUGAUCUGCGCAGGUUUUCUCGUCGCGUGAAGAGGCAAGUAACAGAGAUCAGUUUAUUACCAAAUUCCACUACUACUACUGGCAAGCCACAACCGUUGACAAACAAGAGAUCCAACAACAACAAUAAGUUCAAGUUCAAGUACAAGUUCCGGGGCGUGCGUCAGAGAACUUGGGGUAGGUGGGCUGCCGAGAUCCGUGACCCGGCACGCCGCAAGCGGGUCUGGCUCGGUACUUUCAACACUCCCGAAGAAGCUGCCACUGUUUACGAUCAAGCUGCCCUCAAACUAAUAGGUCCUAACGCUGCUAUCAACUUUCCCCAAAAAAACAAUUAUUCCAACACCACCACUACUACUAGUACUAGCACUCCCGCCGCCUCAUCGCCCACAUCCGUCCUAUUUGAUGGUUUCCUUUACAGUGACGUCGACACGUACGGAUUCGAUGUGCCCGAUUUCAUCUUCACGGGCAAACGUUCAGCCGACGAAGAGUUCGGCGACGUAAACCUUGACGACUUCAUCAACGUGGAUAAUACUUGA